AUGGUUACUUCCUUGAUGUUAUCUAAAGAUUUGAACAACAUAAGCCUUGCAGAACUUAUCAGCUCCCUCAAGAGUCAUGAGAUAGAGCUAGAGGAAGAUGAACCUCAGAAGAAAAGCAAAUCAGUAGCUCUAAAGUCUAGAUCAGAAAGAAGAAAGCCAGAAAGGAACAAAGCCUUUCAAUCUGAAGAAGACGACUAUGACUCUAAGAAGGAAGACUCUGAUGAUGAAGAGGAGUUAUCUCUUCUAUCUAGAAGAAUCAAAAGCUCUGGAGAAAAAGAAAUAACAACUUCAAAAGACCCACACAGAAGGGAUAUCAUCCAGAGUCAACCUCUAGAGACAGACUUAACAAAGAGAAAUGAAUGUCAAAAACUCAAGAAAGACAACUCUAAAAAGGAAGGGUUAAAGAAAAACUCCCUCAAAGCAAAGAAGAAGGGACUCGUGGCAAUAUGGGACGAAUCUGAUUCUGAAGCUUCAGAAUCUGUUUCUGAAGCUUCAGAAUUUGUUUCUGAAGAGGAGCAGGCAAAUGUUGCAUUCAUGGACACCACAUCUGGAAGUUCAUCCGAAAGAGAAUCUGACUCUAAAGAGAAGCUUCGACCGAAAUUCAAGAACCUGGAAAAGGUUCAUGAAGAGACAGUUGAAGAGUAUUUGGAGAUAACCCUCGCAAGUUCUGACGAAAAGACCAAAGAAUCUGAAGAAGCAGAAAAGGAAACAUCAGAAGCACCUGAAGUCACAAUCAAUAAGAAAAGAUCAAGAAAUAGACAAAAUGUUUCCGAAGAACUAAUUCUGGGAAACAAGAAUGAGCCUGUGAGAAUAAGAUCAACAUUCAAAGUUUCUGAAGAAACACUUUUGGGACUAGUAUCUCUAAUAGAGCCAACAUCCUGUGAAGAAGCUCUUCAAAACAAAAAAUGGAUUCUGGAAAUGAAAAAAGAACUUUAUCAGUUUGCCAAGAAUGAUGUCUGGAUAAAGGGAAUCUCUGAACAAUUCAGAAAUGACUAUAUCAUAGACGCUGAGGAAAGAAUUGAGGCGCGUCUAGUGCAGGAAGCUAAGGAAUGGGCCAGGAAGGCAGCUGAAGAGAUGGCCAGAAUAGAAGCUGAAGAGAGGGCCAAAUUAGAAGCUGAGAAAUUUGUCGUUGAAGCUGUUGCUGUAGAAGCUAAAGCUAAAGCUAAGACUGAUGCUAAAGAGGUCGUACACAUAGCUGCAGAGGAAGCUGCAAAGACUUAUGAGGUUGCUUUAACUCGAGGUGAGUCAUCAACAUAUGAUCUCGCUCUGUUGGUGCUCAAGACUCUAGAAGAGCUUCAUAAAGAACAACAACUUGUGAGAGCCAGACUCGAUAAGCAAGAUCAAGUCAACUCUAGCAUCCAGAGCAUCCUUGCCCAGCUACUUUAG